UUCUGGAAUAGCUCGGUUGACUUAUUUUUAAACUCUUCGGCACCGAAAUCUGCUGAGUUGUGCAUUACACACUGCGUUGGCCCUUGCACUUAGCAGUUUGGUGUUUUCAUAUCAAAUACGUUUUUUUCUGCACGCACUCCUUCCUGGAGUGGUGCACCAUGGUGACGAGAAAAAAGUAUUUUCUUUUCAGGUUCACACAAUAGCAAAUGUUUGCUGCGCGGCUACCGCUGUCUUUCGCUCAGCUGCGCCGCUGCCCUCAAGGUUGUUCGUCAGCUCUUCAACAAUCGAUUGUUUUUUCACACAUGAAAAGCAAUCUAUUUUAUUAAAAUUUCUAUGCCAAAUUGUCAUCUGCCUCCACCGGAACAUUUAGAAAGUAAAGCAGUUGGCAUCUCUUCAUGUUGGAAUUAAACUGACAAGUUAUUUCCAAUGCUGCUUCAGUCGACGUCGACUACUGUCAGACAUCUUCAUUGACCAUUAAUGUGCAUUAAUGUGUUCGUUGUUGUAGUGAAAUGUUUUUCGGGUGGAACCAUAGCUAAAUUGUAAACGUCAGUCAGUUUCAUUUUGAAAACAUUGGACCGCAAAUAAAUAAUUAUAAUAUUUUAAUAAAAUGUCGCGAAAUAAUACGACCCAAGGCAGUGGAUCAUCUGUGCAAACCUACAAAUUAGUAAUUGUUGGCGGUGGCGGUGUGGGAAAAUCGGCAUUAACAAUACAGUUUAUUCAGAGCUACUUUGUAACUGAUUAUGAUCCUACUAUUGAAGACUCGUAUACCAAACAGUGUGUGAUCGAUGACAUCCCAGCCAAGUUAGAUAUUUUGGAUACUGCCGGUCAAGAAGAAUUCAGUGCUAUGCGUGAGCAAUAUAUGCGCUCUGGUGAGGGUUUCCUGCUUGUGUUCGCUCUAAACGAUCAUUCCAGCUUUGAUGAGAUACCGAAAUUCCAGAAACAAAUCCUACGCGUCAAGGAUCGUGAUGAAUUUCCCAUGUUGAUGGUUGGCAACAAAUGCGAUUUGGAACAACAUCGACAAGUGUCAUUGGAAGAGGCGCAAAAUGUAAGCAGAAAUCUCAUGAUACCGUAUAUUGAGUGCAGCGCAAAGGCGCGUGUCAAUGUGGAUCAAGCAUUUCACGAGCUUGUACGUAUCGUGAGGAAAUUCCAAUUAGCCGAACGUCCGUUCUUAGAGGAGAGUUAUAAUAGGAAAAGCAAACGAAAAUGUUGCGUAUUGUAAUGCGAUAUUAGGCAACAGUUAACAGCUAUGCAGAAAUUAAAGAUUGGAAGACGGUACAUGAUUUUUUCGAAGAUUAAUAAUAAUUUUCGAUAUCGAUGUGGAAUUGAUGAAAAACGCUGCCAAUAAACUGAAUUACAUAAAGAACUACUUAUUCAAAAACAUGAAAACCACACACGCACACAUACAAAAUCUAUGCUAAUCGCGUAAAUGCAUAGAACACAAGUGUAACUCAUUGCAGCAGCAAACAACGGUACAUGUGCAAUACAAGGGGAAGGAAUUCUUAUUUCAGCGUACCACUUGAAAAAUCUGUUUGUACACACGUGACGAAAAACAGUUUAUGAUAAUACAUUUAGUGAAACGCUACAUUUAUUGUACAAAAACGAAAUUCUAAUGCAAGCCACCAGAGUCCAUAGUAUACACCGAACAGAGCAGAAAGUAAGCUAAAACAGUGAUUUGCCACAAUAAAUCAACGAAAAUAUCGAAUACCGCCAAAAAUAUUUAAUGUUUUUUUAUUAAUCAAAUUAAUAAGUCAGUGAAAAACUUGUUAACCAAAUUUAUGCUAAACGCUAAAAAAUCAAAACACCAAUUAAAGUUUUAUACACAUAUUAAAGUAAGGAAAUAUAAAAAAAAUUAUAUAUAUGUUUGUGAAUUUUAUAAACUAAUUAUGUACAACGUCAGGCGAUUAAAAUGUUUAACUAAUAAGUAUGUGAGUUUUGUAUUUAAUAUUAAAAUAAUAGUUUAUUUAUUAAGUGAUAAAAUUGCAUUGCGAAAAUCGUUAUGAUUAUGCCAAAAGAGAUUUGUAUUUUUAUGCUUAAUAUUGAUUGAGAACACCAUUUUUUGCUAAUUAUUGUCGAAAGAAAAUGUUUAAAUAACAAUUAAAAAUGUAUAACAUUGUUAAACAAAUCAAAAAAUUAUUACACAAAAAGCAAAAAAUAUUAAACAAAAAGAAAGCAAAAAAAAUUAAAGAAAACGAGAAAAACUAUUAAAGAAAAAUAACAGAAAAUAUUAACUAACAGUUAAAUGAAACGAAUAAAAUUUUGAGUGCCUACGUUUUUAUAUGUACAAAUGUAUGUAUGAGUGUAAUGUAUGUAAAAGCAAAGGCAGCCAAUCAAAAUUCGGUUGCAACUGCUGUACCAUCCUGAUAUUCUAAAAGUCUAAAAAUAAAUAAGACAACGUUGUAUUAUACUUAACAAAUGCUAAAAUGCUGAAAUGCAAAAACUUAUAUUGGAAAGUUAAAAAAUCUUAAGUCAAAUUUACACUUUUCAUUUAAGAUAGCAAAAAAUACAAAUUUACUUUUUAUUUGUGGAUAAAGGAAGUGAUUGCAAAAAAAAAAAAUAUAUAUAAUUUCACAUAUUUGCAAUGGCUAAACACACACGCUGAUAUUUACAUAUCUGAAUUGCACAAAUUACAUACAGACAAUACACCGAAAAAUUUCAAUGCACAAGUUUGUUUGUAAGCGUUAUAUUGAAGAUGAUGAAUAUUUUCUAUAAUAUAGCAUAACUGCAUGUAUUACAUGUGUAUGUAUGUGUGUGUGCAGUAAAGGUUGUUUGCACUUAUGAAAUAUGAAUGAAAUUGAAAGAAAUAUGCAUUUUUAAAACGCACAAGCGCAUGUCGCAACAUUUUCGUAUGGCAAAAAUAAAAUUUAAAUCAUCUGUUCACAUGCCUAGUAUUCGCAGCGCUUGCAUUACACAUACAUACAUACAUUAAUGUACGUAUAAUACUAAUUAAACAAAA